ACUACUAUUGAAUUUUCUUUUGCAUUAAUGGGUUGUCAUUGAACACUUUGUUAUUGAACUGUAUUUGAUUCUUUAUUAACGGUUUAUGUCACGCCCCAGAACCCAAACCCGAGGACGUGGCAGACGCCGUGCACUCGUAAACGAGUCCCACCAAUGCACAAGAUUCAGAACUUAUCCAUUAAAUAAAGCUAUAAACCUUGGAUUACAAUCUAGCUUACAAUAUCAUCAUCUAUAUCUAAACUCCACGUUCAAUUUACAAGAUGACUAGCCUUCUAACUCGUCACUCCCCUUGGUUUUCCCGUCAUCGGUUUCAAUUCCUGAAAUGGUGGAUAAGAAAAACUAUGAGAUAAAAUAUCUCAGUAAGUAAAUAUGGAUAGCCCUUUAGUAAAAUCUAAGCAUGCUAGAUAAACCAUGUAAACAUAACAAAACUUUCAAUGAUAACUCGUUAAAAACAUAAUCAGAUUCAGUUUAAUAGCAAAACGUUAAUGACAAAACCGUUAAUGCAAAAGAGAAAUUCAGUUUAGUAGUCUCAUCUAUAAGUGAUGGCCAGCGUUUAUAAACCUUCCAUUGGCGGGCACAGUAGUUACCAAUGUUUAACCCCAUUGGCAAGGUUACAGAAGUACCAGUGUUUAACAAACUCCCACUGGCAGGCGUCAGUAAUGGUACCAAUGUUUACAAACUCCCACUGGCAGGUAUCAGUAAUAACCAAUGUUUAACCCCAUUGGCAGGGUUUCAGAAGUACCAGUGUUUAACAAACUCCCACUGGCAGGCGUCAGUAAUGAUACCAGUGUUUAACAACUCCCACUGGCAGGCGUCAGUAAUGACCAAUGUUUAACCCCAUUGGUAGGGUGAACCGGUUCUACAAAAAUACAUGUUGACAUGUGCUAGCGUUUGCAGUUCUCACUAGCCGGCGUCAUUAAUCAUGACUAUAUCAGAGACAAAACCAUGCAGAAUUGACAGAAAAUCUGUAAUUCACAAUCAAUCUCAAAUUUCAGA